AUGGGGAAAAAAAUCAGUGGAAUUACAACUAGCAAAGUUGAGGAAAUCAGGAACUUCCUGCUCAAGGCCAGGGGAAAGGAUGCGAAAUCUGUUAAGAUCGAGAAAACCGAGGAUAACGUGGAGUUUGCAGUUUAUUACAGCAGAUACCUUUACACGUUGGACGAAGGAAAGGCAGAAAAACCGACACAGUCCCUGCCCCUAGGUUGCAGAGUGAAGGAGCUGAAAUAA